GACCCCGAAGAUCCUGGGGCUUCUCUGGUCUCCACUGAGGGAACACCUAAGCGGAAGCUAUUCUGCCGCGGGGCGGUAAUGGCGGCUUCUUCUUAUCGCCCAGAAUGCAGCCGGCUGGUCGGGAUCUGCGUUCUCCUGGGGGCCCUGUGGAAAAUCCAGGCCGAACAGAUUCGCUACUCAGUGCCUGAGGAGCUGGAGAAAGGCUCUUAUGUGGGCAAUAUCGCCAAGGACCUGGGAUUGGAGCCCCGGGAACUGUCAGAGCGCGGAGUCCGCAUCAUCUCCAGAGGUAGGACGCAGCUCUUUGCUCUGAACCCGCGAAGCGGCAGCUUGGUCACCGCGGGUAAGAUAGACCGGGAAGAGCUCUGUGACAGAUCUCCAAAGUGUGUAGUAAGCCUGGAGAUUCUUCUGGAGGACAAAGUGAAGAUUUUUGGAGUGGAAGUGGAAAUUAUCGAUGUUAAUGAUAACGCGCCCAGCUUUGGGACAGAGCAAAGGGAAAUAAAAGUUGCUGAAAAUGAAAGUCCUGGGACAAGAUUUCCUCUUCCUGAAGCUUUUGAUCCAGAUGUUGGGGUAAACUCCCUGCAGGGUUACCAGCUCAGCUCCAAUGUUCACUUCUCCCUAGACGUGCAAAGCGGAGCAGAUGGCAUUAAGUACCCUGAGCUGGUGCUGGAGCUUGCCCUAGACCGAGAAGAAGAGGCAGUUCACCACCUCCUUCUCACCGCCUUUGAUGGAGGUGACCUGCCUCACUCUGGCACCGUCAAGAUUCAUGUAACACUUGUGGAUACCAAUGACAAUGCUCCCGUAUUCACUCAGCCAGAGUACCAUGUGAAGGUUCCAGAGAACGUGCCAGUGGGGUACCGCCUACUUAUUGUAAAAGCCACUGAUCCAGAUGAAGGUGCCAAUGGAGAAGUAACCUAUUCUUUCCGCAAAGUGAGAGAUAAAAUGUCCCAACUAUUCCAGUUGAAUUCUUUGACUGGGGACAUAACAAUACUGGGGGAUCUAGAUUAUGAAGACUCUGGAUUCUAUGAUAUAGAUGUAGAAGCCCAUGAUGGUCCUGGUCUCCGAGCCAGAAGUAAGGUACUGGUGACAGUUCUGGAUGUAAAUGACAAUGCUCCAGAAGUCACUGUUACAUCUCUCACCAGCUCUAUCCAAGAAACUUCUUCCCCAGGUACAGUAAUUGCACUUUUCAAUGUGCAUGACAGUGAUUCAGGAGAGAAUGGCCUUGUCACAUGUUCCAUUCUAGGUAAUCUGCCAUUCACACUUGAAAAGACCUAUGGAAAUUAUCAUCGACUGUUGACACGCAGAACGCUGGAUAGGGAAGAAGUUUCAGAAUAUAACAUCACAGUAACUGCCACUGAUCAUGGAACACCACCACUGUCUACAGAAACUCAUAUCUCACUGCAGGUGGCAGACAUCAAUGACAACCCACCUGCUUUCCCUCAUGCUUCCUACUCUGCCUACAUUCCCGAAAACAAUGCCAGAGGAGCCUCCAUUUUAUCUAUAUUUGCCCAGGAUCCUGACAGCACCGAGAAUGCCAGAGUCACAUACUCCUUGGCUGAGGACACACUCCAUGGAAAGCCUCUUUCUUCCUAUGUUUCCAUCAACUCUGAUACUGGUGUCCUGUAUGCACUGUGCUCCUUUGACUUUGAGCAGGUUAGAGACCUGGAACUAUUAGUGACAGCCAGCGACAGCGGGGACCCUCCACUCAGCAGCAAUGUGUCUGUCAGCAUAUUCGUGCUGGACCAGAAUGACAACGUGCCAGAGAUCCUGUACCCCACCAUCCCCACGGAUGGCUCCACAGGUGUGGAGCUGGCACCCCGCUCCGCAGAGCCCGGCUACCUUGUCACUAAGGUGGUGGCGGUGGACAGAGACUCGGGCCAGAACGCCUGGCUGUCCUACCACCUGCUCAAGGCGAGCGAGCCAGGGCUCUUCGCGGUGGGGCUGCACACGGGCGAGGUGCGCACGGCGCGGGCCCUGCUGGACAGAGACGCGCUCAAGCAGAGCCUGGUGGUGGCGGUGCAGGACCACGGCCAGCCCCCUCUCUCGGCCACCGUCACGCUCACCGUGGCCGUGGCCAACAACAUCCCGGACAUCCUGGCGGACCUGGGCAGUCUCGAGCCCCCAGCGGACCCUGAUGCCUCAGGCCUCACGCUAUAUCUGGUGGUGGCGCCCAACUACGCGGACACGCUCAUCAGCCAGGAGAGCUGUGGGAAAAGCGAGCCUCUUUUGCUGUCAGGUAGUUCAGCGUUCUCUAAAGAUAAUCAUGCAUUAAUUCAGGCCAGUUCUCACAUGGUGGUCAAUUCAAAAUGA